ACCGACGGGUCCCAGGACCCGGGUGAGGGUUCUCCACGUGGCCUUCAGUAGGGGUCAAGACACAGGCACUUGCGCCAAAGGGGGGCAAAGCUGGGCUCUGCCCGAGGCCCCCAGGACCUCCAUCUCCCAAUGUCGGAGGUUUGGAACUGUGAGGCAGAAGGAAUAGAAAUUCACAAAGUACAAGCCUUGGCACCAAGCAGUUGUUUGUGACAUCUCUUGUCUAGACAAGCAGGGGUUCCCUCCCAGGAGUCCAACACGUGACGGUCGGACCGACGGAUCAGACUAGAGGAGCCCCGUGAGCGUCAUGGCUCCCGAGAAGCCGCUCUGCCUUCCCUUCCUGAUGCUGCCGCUCCUGACGUUGUUGCUGCAGCAGGCAGACCCUCGGUCGUUCGUAGUGGAUCGGGAACGUGGCCUGUUCCUCUUGGACGGGACCCCGUUCCGAUACGUGUCUGGCAGCUUGCACUACUUCCGGGUACCGCGGAUACUGUGGGCGGACCGGCUUUUCAAGAUGCGAUUGAGCGGCCUCAACGCCGUACAGCUUUACGUGCCCUGGAACUUUCAUGAGCCAGAGCCUGGAGUCUAUAACUUUAAUGGCAGCCGCGACCUCUUUACCUUUCUGAACGAGGCAGCUAUAGCAAACCUGUUGGUCAUACUGAGACCAGGACCUUACAUCUGUGCAGAGUGGGAGAUGGGGGGUCUCCCAUCUUGGUUGCUUCGGAAUCCUAAAAUUAAUCUGAGAACCUCAGAUCCAGACUUCCUUGCUGCAGUGGACUCCUGGUUCAAGGUCUUGCUGCCCAAGAUAUAUCCAUUUCUCUACCACAAUGGGGGCAACAUCAUUAGCAUUCAGGUUGAGAAUGAAUAUGGUAGCUACUGGGCCUGCGACUUCAACUACAUGAGACACUUGGCUGGGCUCUUCCGUGCGCUACUAGGAGACAAGAUCUUGCUCUUCACCACAGAUGGGCCUGACGGACUCAAAUGUGGCACCCUCAAGGGACUGUUUGCUACUAUAGACUUUGGGCCAGCUGACAACAUGACCAAAAUCUUUGCCCUGCUUCAGAAGUAUGAACCCAAUGGGCCAUUGGUGAACUCUGAAUACUACACAGGCUGGCUGGAUUACUGGGGUCAGAAUCACUCCACACGGUCCAUUGAACCUAUAGCUAAAGGACUAGAAAACAUGCUCAAGUUGGGAGCCAGUGUGAACAUGUACAUGUUCCAUGGAGGUACCAACUUUGGAUACUGGAAUGGUGCUGAUGAGAAGGGACGCUUCCUUCCAAUAACUACCAGCUAUGACUACGAUGCACCCAUAUCUGAAGCAGGGGACACCACACCUAAGCUUUUUGCUCUUCGAAAUGUCAUUGGCAAGUUCCAGGAAGUUCCCUUGGGACCUUUACCUCCCCCCAGCCACAAGAUGAUGCUUGGACCUUUAACUAUGCACCUGGAUGGGGAUUUGCUGGGUUUCCUAGAUUUUCUGUGCCCCCAGGGGCCUAUCCAUUCAGUCAUGCCAUUGACCUUUGAGGCUGUGAAGCAGGACCAUGGCUAUAUGCUGUACCGGACCUAUCUUUCUUAUUCCAUUUUUGAGCCAACACCAUUAUGGGUGCCAAAUAAUGGAGUCCAUGACCGUGCCUAUGUGAUGUUGGAUGGGGUGAUCCAGGGUGUUCUGGAAAGAAAUACGGAUAACAAACUAUAUUUGAUGGGGAAAGUAGGGACCAAACUGGAUAUCUUGCUAGAGAACAUGGGAAGGCUCAGUUUUGGGUCUAACCACAGUGACUUCAAGGGCCUGUUAGAGCCACCAAUUCUGGGGCAAACAAUCCUUACCCAGUGGAUGAUUUUCCCUCUGAAAGUAGAUCAUUUUGUAAAGUGGUGGUAUACGUUCAAGUUGCCAAAAAGACCACAGCCUAAAGAUCCUUCUGGCCCCACCUUCUACUCCACAAUGUUUCCAAUUUUAGGCUCAGCUGGGGACACAUUUCUCUAUCUACCUGGAUGGACAAAGGGCCAAGUCUGGAUCAAUGGGUUUAAUUUGGGCCGGUACUGGACAAAGUUGGGGCCACAACACACCCUCUACGUGCCAAGACCCCUGCUGUUACCUAGGGGAGCUGUCAACACAAUCACCUUGCUGGAGCUAGAAAACGUCCCUUUACAGCCCCAAAUCCAGUUCUUGGAUAGGCCUAUCCUUAACAGCACUGUACACAGGACACUUUCCCUCUCACCUGAUGUACAAAAUGACUUUGAACUAAUGGAGUUAAGUGGGCACUGAAAGAAAGAUAACUCUUGGACCUGGGACAUGGAGUGGGCAGAAUCCUUUGGUGCUGGCCAUGGUAACCAAAGGCCAGAAGGCCUCUGAAUGUAAGUACAAGUACAGUUUUCUUGCCAAACUUUUUAUUAAAAUUCCAGAGACAGUA